GUGCAGUCGCACCUUCCCACCAGCUCCGAACAAUAAAGCGCUCCACUCCCUCCUUCACUGCGCACCACACGGACCUGUUUCUGUUUCCUCGCUUUCGUGUUUUGACAGAGAACUAAACACCGACGGCGAAAACAAAACUUUUUUUUUAAUGCUACCUCUAUAUCUAUGAGCUUCUUAUUGAGCUCAGUUUACCUCCAACAUCAGUAAUACCAACAGCGCCAGCAGAAGAAGGAGGAGGAGGAGGAGGAGGACUGUCCCGGUCACACUUCACUUCACCACUAGUCGUUGAAGUCGUCUCGAGGCACCGGUGUGGAUAAGCUCGAGAGGUUGAAUGCUGUGAACAGUGUUGGAAUGCAACAGGAUUAUCAUCUGACCUUAACUCACUGGAGGCAAAGCAACCGGACCAGUAGAUCACACGUUUUCUGAUCUCUGCUGCACUACGAUGCCUUUGAGGUUACAAUGUCUACACUGAAGCACGUCAUACUGCAGGAUAAAGACCAGGAUGUUGAGAAGAAGAAGCUGGGCUGGAGUUAUAUUGAGUGGGUUGAGAAUGAAGUUGUCACCACAGGUGUGGCAAACGCACAGACACAAACAGAUUUGCCCGCUUUUGAGCACAAGGAGUGUCAGACCAGCAGCCCGGUCAUAAUGCACAUAGAUCUCACACGGACACACUCCAAGCUGAGACAUUCGUCCCUGGUGGACACAGACGGCCUGGUAGCACCUUUCUUCCAGUUUGACCGGCAGGCCCCUGGACGCAUAUCCACAUCCCCUACCUUGAGGAGGAUGAGGAGCACCCGGCGUCCUCUGACGGAUACAUGGGAUACUGUCAGGAUGGAAAGCACUCUCGAGGAGGCUUCCCCCAUAAACCUCCUCUCCCCAGUACAUAGAGUCAAGUCUCCUCUUGCAGUAAGCCCCCUGUCUGACGGAGAGAUCUGUCCCGAGCAUCAGCCCAUUUUAUCCACUGGCCGACAGAAAACCAAAUCACAUAGAUCAAAGACAUUUGACAAUGGUAUCGCUUCCGAGAAAGAAGAACGUCACAGCACUCAUCCUACUCAUAGUAAAACAUUUGGAUAUUGUGAUGGUGAAGUACAGGACAAAGAGCAUUUUCAUAAUAGGCUUCAGGAGAGGAGACGCAGCUCUGUGGUUGUCAGCCUGCCCGGAUUGGAUGUUUCACCAGGAGACCUUUUUGUAUCCAAUGGAGUGGCUGACAUGUUAAAUGGUUCAAACUUCUCUGAUACUAAGAAAUCAAAGUGGCCUUUUUCAAGACGUAGUACGACUAAAGGGAAAUCGCAGACAGGCACAGCAACAGAUGUUGAAAAAUAUCUGUCAACAUCACAGAUUCAAGACUGGAGAAACUCUGACCUUCAGAGGUAUAAGGACUACUCUGUGGCAGAGUUCCUGCGGGACCAGUCUUCCCAGGUGAGCCCCACCUCUGACCCUCAGGGCUUCAAGAGACACGAGGCCAUCUGGGAACUCUUCACGAGCGAGUGUGUUUACUUCCUGGAUCAGCUCAUGGUUCUCAAAGAGGUGUUUUCAGCUACACUCACAAACCUACAGAUGAGGAACUGCCUCACUGACAUCGACUCCUGGAGGCUGUUUGCAAAUCUCAAUGAGCUUUGCCUGGUGAGCUUUGGUUUCCUGAACAACCUCCUCCGCGUCAUCAAGGACACGUUGGAGAUUAAUGAGGGUGGCGGGCCCACCCUGCUGGAGCUGCUGAGCAAGGCUUUCCAGAAGAGUAUAUGCUACUCCCUGCAGAAGUACUGCCUGAACUACACCACAGCCCUGCUUUAUCUGGACAGCCUGAAGCCCAGGGAGGACUUUGGAUCUUACACAAAGUGGUGUGAGAGGAACGAACAGUGCCGGAGGCUGCAUCUGCGCGACCUGCUGGUGGCGCCGUUGCAGAGGCUAACUCGAUACCCGCUGUUGUUGCGGAACAUUGCGAAGAGGUGCCAGACGGAGGAAGAGACCAGAGGCCUGCAGGUUAUAGCGGAACAAGUGGACACAUCUAUAUGUGAUUUAGAGGGAAAGGUGAAAUGGCUAGACAACUACCAGAAGGUUAAACAGCUAAGAGACACUCUGGUGUGGCUGCCUGUAUGGGAGAGAGACAAACGUGCCUUCGUCCCUGAGAAUCUGAAACAUCUCUUAAAAGCUGUCACGCUGGAGAACCUCAUUUCUCACAGAAGUUUGCUGCACGAAGGGAAACUGGUGCUCAUAGACAACACAAAGCUGGUAGACGUCUGUCUGUUCCUGUUUGACGAAUUCCUGCUGAUCACAAAGAUAAAGAGAAACAAGAAGCGGUCCAUCGGUCCAGAGCAGAAUCCUCUGAGGCUGCCACAGAACCUGGAGCUGGAUCAGCUGCUAAAGGAGGGAUGCACCUUCACGGUUCUGGACCAGCCUGUCUCACUGGACCGACUGCAGCUCAAGAACAUUGAUCAGCUCAAUGCAUCAACAUCAGGGCUGCCUCAUUCUUUCAUAAUCAUGCACCAAAACCGGUACCAGCAGUGCAUCGGUGCAUUCAUCCUGCAAGCUGGAUCAGAGACUGCCAAGAGAGUGUGGAUGUCAAAGAUAGAGGGUGCUGUGACGGCGCUGCUGAAGCUGGACUCUCAGCAACCGCGAGUCAAGAGCUCCUCACUGUGGCUGGAGUCUUCACAGAUAUGACAAACAAACCAGAAGCCCUCUGAAAUGUCCCUACUGUUAACAUGCACUUCACUGUCUCCUGACCUCCUGUAAUUGACUGUAUUAGCACUCUAGGAUCAUUUUGUAAACUCCACGUUUGCCUUUAAGGGCAGCUACUGCAGUAGCGUACAAUAAAUAACUGAUGAUGUAGUAAAAGUUUUGAUUUUCCUUUUUAAAGAACACACAUCAUUUCUUCUAUUUAAAGCUUCUCUUCUGUUUUGUCCACUCACUCAGAUAUUAAAUUCA